GCGUCUACCUUCAAGGCAGGCGCACUUCCUUCAUCGUCCACUGCAAUAGCCUAUAUAAACCCCCAAAACACGGACUUCUCCUAAAGCACUCACUAAGUUUGCAAGCUCAAAAACUUCUCACUUGCCCUCCCUCACUCCAAUCCAUUGCUGAAUCUUGGAGGUGACGCAGCCUUGGCAACGCAGGCACAAGGUACCGCUCCGCAAGAAAAGAUCAAACCAAGACGCGGGAUAUUCUGUCUGCAGUUUCCAAAAACAACAAACAUGAAAAUUCAGUUAUUUGCAGUAGACCUGAUACUCAUGUUCAUGUCUUGCGGAGCAAGUGCAUUGGCAACAACUAUUCCGGCUGUCUCCACGUCCUUGCCAGCCGCCAAUUUCACCAAUCUAGGUGCAGCGCACAGCUAUGGAACCGACACCACGACUAUUUCCAAAAGCAGGAGGAAGCGUUUCAUUAGUCAGAAUGACAUGCUUGCCAUUCUUGACUACCAUAACAAAGUAAGAGGGAAGGUGUUUCCCCCAGCUUCCAAUAUGGAAUACAUGGUGUGGGAUGAAACCCUGGCUAAGACAGCUGAGGACUGGGCUCAUGCCUGCCUGUGGGAGCACGGGCCACCUCACCUCCUCAGGUUUCUGGGUCAAAACCUCUCCGUCAGGACAGGACGCUAUCGAUCUAUUCUCCAGCUGGUGAAGCCUUGGUACGACGAGGUCAAGGAUUACUCCUUUCCCUACCCCCGCGACUGCAACCCUCGAUGCCCUCUCAGAUGCUAUGGACCCAUGUGUACCCAUUAUACACAGAUGGUAUGGGCAACAUCCAACAAAGUAGGCUGUGCUGUUCACACGUGUCAUAAUAUGAACGUAUGGGGUUCCGUGUGGAAACGGGCGACGUAUUUAGUUUGCAACUACUCACCCAAGGGUAAUUGGAUUGGAGAGGCUCCCUACAAAGUAGGUGUACCCUGCUCCGCCUGCCCUCCCAGCUACGGGGGCUCCUGCAGCAACAACAUGUGCUUCCCCGCUCUCAAGACAAACUACCUGCACUGGUUCAAAUAAACACAGGUUUUCUCUCGACAUAAGCUGACACCCUACAGUACCACAGAUGCAUUAUUUUAAUCCAGUAAAGAUUUGCACAAGGACAACACUUAUUUUGUAUAUAUGGACUUAUUUAAAGACACAAACAUACAUUUGAAGGCAGCAGACAAUUUUGAAGACUUGUAAAUAAACUGUAAGUUAAUUUGUUACAUGACUAUUUGAAUUGAUGAAUAAUGAUGUAUUUGUAGUACGGGUCCUGGUAAUUAAGGACAGAAUAAGAUCAUAGCUGCUCAUACCUGCUCACUUUGGUGCUAUGGGCAUCACACCUUCACGUUGUGUGCUCUGCCUUCACAGGAAUGCUGUGAUGUAAAGAUCAAAGCUUUUGACCUCAGAGGGUGAAACCUACACACUGGCAGUGUCAGCUUUGUAGUCGCUGUAGGUAGACUACAUCAAACGUCAUACUCAAGUGUAUUGCGAUUUCCAUUUGCGUCCCGGAACAAAGUGGCAACAAUUUGUUGACAAAAGUGCACUUACUGUAAGCUGAAAAUAUAUUCAACAAAAUGCAUACACAUCAGUUGGACUGAGAGGUCUUUAUUUGAAGGUGUGAUGCUAGCAUAGAUGUCGCCUCUGUUGUCAAAAGCCGUUUGUUUCGACAUUAGUGCGUUUGCAGUUUUAAUCUGCACUGACUAGUUUGUGUGUCAUCACAGACGUUCCACAGGUUUCAUUCAUAUGCUAAAGACAGCACAUAGAAUACAUCUGACCCACAUAUCUGUUUUAUAAUCCUAUUUGUACAUGGUGUAUUGGUAUAUUAUAUACCAGUAUAUUGAUAUAGUGGAAUAAUUCCAUUGUUAAUAUUUUUUUAUGAUCACUGAGGUAGUUUGGUUUUUGGAGGUAAUAGGCACUCAAGUGCACCUUAUUUUUUUCAAAAUUUCCAAAAUACCAGGAAAUUCUUUUUCUUUUGUACAUGUAGAUAAUCAUUAUACAACGACUAUCCUAAAACAAGUAUACUGUAAGUUAUUCAUUUUUAUAUGGGGACAAAUAUUUAAUUGAUAUUAAUUUUGUAUUGUUUUGUUAAAGAAUUGUAAAUAUAUAUGAAUGAUUAAAACAUAUUGAAUAUGGUUCAUGUGCAUGUCAACUUAAAGUAACUUGGUACUAUUUCUAUGAACUAAGCACUAGCAUAAUGUUGGCAAGUUAAUGCCUCAACACUUUUAACUUUGGCAAAUGCAUCAGAAUUUUAUUUCAAAUUGUGACAAUUUCUGAGAUGGAGAUAAUCAGCAGUGUGAUGGAGAAAUAUAAAUACAACAACAAAAUGUAGCCAUUGAUGCUAACCUUAGUGGGAAAUAAUGCUUUACAAAAUAGGAACAUAUUCCGCACUGACUGUAUUUAAAUCAACAACAAGCUAUUUAUGCAAUGAACUGUUGUGUUUUGUAUUUGUAAUAAAAAAUUGUCUAUUUUGA